GAAUUAAAGAAAGUUUAUAUUCUCUAAUUUUAAAACUAAAUUCUAGCCAUAAAUCCAAUUCAUAUAUCAAUUGUAUUGUCAAAUAGAAAUGAGUGGUUGUCUUAAAGGCCAGCGAACGGGUCCGGGAUAUAAAAGUCCUACGGAUGCGAUAAGUGGUCGCCCGGAGACACUUAUGUAUGUGACUUGUGUUCAACCAAAUGGUCUAAAGGAUCAAAAGCCAGAUUUUUUGGCCACCGUUGAUGUGAACCCACAAUCAGACACUUACUGUCGAGUGAUAUCUCGAGCAGUGGUCAGUCAUUUUGGCGAUGAGUUACACCAUUCGGGUUGGAAUUCUUGCAGCAGUUGUUUUUGCGAUCCAAACAAAGUGAGAGAUAAAAUGAUUUGUCCGGCGCUUAAUAGCGAUCGCAUCUAUAUUUUUGACAUGAGUUCACCGAAAGAGCCAAAACUGUUUAAAACUAUCGAAAAUGACGAGUUGUACGCAAAUAAAGUCAGUAGUGGUCACACAUCCCAUUGUUUGCCUUCAGGAGAAGUUAUGAUCAGUACAAUGGGAGACGAAAAAAGACUAAAUAAAGGAUCGUUUAUAUUAUUGGAUGGAAAAACUUUUAACUUAAAGAGUCAGUGGAAUCGACCGGAAGAUAGUGUCCAAUUUGGUUAUGAUUUCUGGUAUCAGCCCAACCAUAAUGUGAUGAUUAGCACUGAAUGGUCGGCUCCCGAGACAGUGAGACGAGGAUUUAAUUUGGAUGACGUCCGCAAUGGUCUGUACGGACACUGUCUUCAUGUGUGGAAUUGGAGUUCUCGACAAUACAUUCAAAAGAUUGAUUUGGGAAGCGAUGGAAUGCUUCCAUUGGAGAUCAGAUUUCUUCACAAUCCAAACGCUUGCGAAGGUUUCGUCGGAUGUGCUCUCAGUUCUACUGUUUUCAGAUUUUUCAAAUCUGGAGACAAAUGGGAAGCAGAAAAAGUGUUAUCCAUUCCAACGAAACGAGUAACCAAUUGGAUAACGGAUGAUAUGCCGGCUCUCAUCACCGAUAUAUUGAUCUCUUUGGAUGAUAAGUAUCUUUACUUGAGUUUAUGGUUUUUGGGCGAAAUAAGACAAUACGACAUCUCAAACACUUCGUCCCCUGUUUUGGUUGGAAAGUGUUGUUUCGGUGGUAUUCUUAGCAAUAAUAGUCUCGUCAAAGAGGUUGGAAACACAGAAACAGAUAGUAAUACCGAACGGGUAUUCGUUCAGCAGAAGCACAUCAAAGGCGGGCCACAAAUGCUUCAGUUGAGUCUCGACGGCAGAAGACUUUAUGUCACAAAUUCUUUGUAUAGCGUUUGGGAUAAACAGUUCUUUCCCGAUAUGGUUGCCGAGGGUUCAGUUGAUAAGGGGGUCGUAGGUGGCGGUUCUCGACAAUACAUUCAAAAGAUUGAUUUGGGAAGCGAUGGAAUGCUUCCAUUGGAGAUCAGAUUUCUUCACAAUCCAAACGCUUGCGAAGAUGAUAUGCCGGCUCUCAUCACCGAUAUAUUGAUCUCUUUGGAUGAUAAGUAUCUUUACUUGAGUUUAUGGUUUUUGGGCGAAAUAAGACAAUACGACAUCUCAAACACUUCGUCGCCUGUUUUUGUUGGAAAGUGUUGUUUCGGUGGUAUUCUUAGCAAUAAUAGUCUCGUCAAAGAGAUUGGAAACACAGAAACAGACGGUAAUACCGAACGGGUAUUCGUUCAGCAGAAGCACAUCAAAGGCGGGCCACAAAUGCUUCAGUUGAGUCUCGACGGCAAAAGACUUUAUGUCACAAAUUCUUUGUAUAGCGUUUGGGAUAAACAGUUCUUUCCCGAUAUGGUUGCCGAGGGUUCA